GUUCAAAGAUGGCAGCCAUGGGACAGAGAAGAGCGACGACACGAAUUUAAGAGUUUUGUCAUGAAACCUCUUAGGGUUGUACAGCUGUUACAUACAUGGUUUUAACAUGACAGCGAUAUAAUUUGUCAUUGCAAAUGCGUCGUCUUACGGAGACAACUGAAGGAUUCGGAAAUAUCAUGUUUUCCUGUGGGCUAAGCUAGCAAGCAACGGUUAGCAAAUAAAUGAACCUGUCUCUUCUGCCUCUCAAGAAGAAAGCAGCAGCUCUGCUUACGGUCUAUUGACAUCUUGCAAGCUCAGUUUCAUCAUGGCCAUCACUCAGUUCCGUCUGUUCAAGAUCUGCACCUGUCUAGCCAGCUUGCUUUCCUUCUUUAAAAGGUUGAUAUGCAGGAGUGGAAGAGGCCGCAAGCUCAGUGGCGAUCAAAUAACUCUCCCGACCACAGUGGAUUUUUCAUCAUCGGUACCAAAGCAGUCUGCGCCGCCAGAGAUUGAAGAGUGGAGCUCUUGGGAUGAAGAGGCUCCUACAAGCAUUAAGAUUGAAGGUGGCAACGGAAACGUUUCCCCUCAACCCAACGAGAUAGACGAAGAGCCAGACUACUUCAAAGACAUGGCUCCCACCAUCAGGAAAACACAGAAGAUAGUGCUGAAGAAAAGGGAGCCUUUGAACUACCUGGCGCCUGAUGGCUCAGCAGGUUUCUCCAGCAGACUGGCAGCUUCUCAGGAUAUGAUGACCUUCAGUCCACCCUCAGCUGAACUGGGAGAAAUGGACAACUGGCAGGAGGACACAAAUGCGUGGGAGGACGAGUCUGAUGCUGCCUGGGAGGCAGAGGAGGUGCUCAGACAACAAAAGAUGGCCGAGAGAGAAAAGCGGUCCAUGGAGCAGCAGAGGAAGAAGAUGGAGAAAGAGGCUCAGAGGAUGAUGAAGAAGGAGCAGAAGAUUGCCGUCAAGCUCUCGUAACAUUUUUAGAAACGCUCAGUUUUGAGCCAAAGGGGACGGGAGGGGGCAAAGACACUGAAUCAAUCGUCACUCUGUCUUUACAGUCAUCAAAUCAACCAGGAUUACCACCCGACACUACUUAUCUGUUAGCAAACAGUCCUCCUUCUCCACCCUGUUUCCACCAGCAGCCAUUUUAGUCUGUUUUCCAGCUGCAGCAGUGUAAAGCGCAUUAUUCUCGAGGGCAGACAACGCACCUGGUGUGCUCCAUGAUCAUGUUGCAAGUUCAUUUUGGUCUUAAAGGGAGAGCUGUAUUCACACAAUCCACUUCAUCUUAGGUUAAAGGUUAGAUGCAGCAUUAGAGGGUACCAUUUAAAUUCUGAUUAAAUCUGUCAGGUAGAGUAGAAAAAAUGUUCUAUUUUGCUUUUUCCCGGGAACAUUUGUAAAUAAGCAGGUACCUGUACUACCUUUGAGACCCAAACAGGGAGUGCAAUUCCCUUUCUUUGUCUUAUUUAUAACCUCAAAGGACAAAGGAGUGUAAUUAAUUUUAAGCAUCACUGUAUACCAGUGACAUCCCUUGGUUUGCUUAAUUAUUGUGUUUUUAUAUUUAUGUCUUUCAUUGUCUUUUUUUUUCUAAUGAAUGUUGCUUGAUAGUUCACAUUAUCUCCCUGUGCUGUGCAGCCCUUACUACACUGGAUAUCUGCAUUAAAACGAAGGCUGACGAAUUUCAUAAAGGAUAAAUGACCAUAGACCAGAAUCUAGCCCAACUAUAAAUGUUAGCUGUGGGUUCCUAUGGUAAUCUCAUGGCUACUAAUCUGCCAUUCAUUCUCCUUCUUUUGUCAGUUUUUUGAUAUUGAAGGAAAAUAUCCAGUGAUCAUGGCAUUGAUUUUUUUUUUCAGAAGGCAGGAAUGUUACUUUGCUCUUAAAUAAUUGAAACUCUCACUUCACAGACGCUGUCUUUCUAAAAUAUGGAUCACCAUCAUAGUGGGAAUUUCAGACCAGCUAACUUAGCCACAUGAAAAUUGUUUUUUCUCAUCUGAAAAUAUGAGGCUGACAUUCGAAGCCGGUGGUUUUGACCGAGCUUCCUGUUAUGCGUCACUAUAAUGAAAUUACCAGUCAGUGUUGGAUAUAUUGGUACCAGUGCCAAUAGGCAAGCUGUUGUCAUGGAAACAUUGGCAGGUGAAGAAAAGCCCAUUAUAAAUUGAAAUGUGCAGACAUGAUAAAAAUAUGUCUCUUUGGUCUAAAAAAGACAUGGGUGGAGGUGAGAGAGGCAGAUUUCUCUACUGAAUGUUACAAUUUGAAAGCCUUGCAAGCUGUUUGAUGCUUCUAAAAUAUUGGGUCGAUGUUAUCUAGCAAUGAUUUACUGACAUUCAGAGGCGCUGAUUCUUUUGCAGCAUAACUGAUUAAAUGACUGAUUAGUGCAUGAUCAGGUUUAAGAGUUUAAUUGAAAGCAGGUUUAUUUCAAGGGAAUUCUGCAAACUUUCUGUAUGGAUUUGUGUGUUUUCUUUGAAAAUGCUCUUUUUCAUUGAGAAAAGCUGCAUGUUGUUCAGUUUUGUCAUUUUGCACAUUUUUCCUUUUUCCAAAAAUGAAUCACAGAGAACCUUGUUGUUUCUCGCCCAUUUCUUUUUUCUCAUUCAUGUGUAAGACUACAUGUUACAAGAACUGUCACAGUUGAGCUCAAAUGAGGACAACAAGCUCAACCAAUCCAGAAGGUUUGGCAGAUUGUAUACCUGCUGUAUCAGUCCUACACAGGUUUUUAAUAAAAUGAUUUGAUUCAUACCUCUAGAGGUGAAUAA